UUAGUUAUUUAUUAAAACUAAAAAUCAGAAAAUAAAGUAUCAACAUAAUAGGAUCAUUGAAAAGUGAUAUUUAUUAACCUUCUAACCAUUCUCGGAUAAAACCGAAAACAGACUACAGAACGAGAUUGUCAUAGGAGAAAUGGCUGAGAAUAUACUGACUCAGUUUUACACAUGCUUGAACUUACCCUUACAAGAAAAAAUUCUAGGACUUUCGAGACUAAUAGACCAAAGUGGCCUGCACAAGGAUCUGCAAGCCCUGUUCUUACAAUUGGUUGACAACAUAUUUUCUACCAACUUAAAUAAUGGUUGGAAUCUAAGGCAUGUUACUUUUGAAAACAACAGAUAUGAUUUUGAGGCUUUAUUGAGUUUUUUGGAACCUCAAGGGCCUAUGUUUCGUCUGUGCUACAAGCUAUUGUCAGAUCCUCAAGUCAAGUUUAAUCUACCACUGAGCAUUCUCCCUAUUGACUUACAGAUGACUUUAGAGAGAGGAAGAUGUCCACAGUUUUAUGCGGAUAUGCUAGCUAUGGACUCUCAAUCAUUGAAUGUGGUUGCAUUAGCAUUGAAUCCAUUUGAUUAUUACAUUUUUAAUUUUGCAUUGUAUCUAAUCAAUAAUAACCAAAAUAAAGCAUCAUGGGAAAAUUGGAACAGUGUAUACUUUGCUUUAGCUUGUGAUUAUCUGAUGCAUUUCCUGCCUGCAGACCCCAAUGUGCCAGUUCUGCCACACAUUCCCUAUUACACUGGGAAAGUGCCAGUUGUACCUCCACUACAAAAUGCUAGCAGACCCCUGUAUUCUCCAUCAUUGCUUAUAUUACCCGAUUUAUCUGGUAUAAAUAAUCAACAUGCAUCGCCUCAAAGCCAGUCAAGAAAUGAAAUUUGGAGGUCUGAGUCGGUAUUGCAGAUUUUCAUUGAUAUAUGGAUGAGCAUAGAACAGUUCAACAACAGAAAUAUUGAUAUGUAUCAAAGAAGUAUGCCUGUUAUGAACUCCAGUCCUGAGAGAGUAAGAAUUGUAAGAGUACUCGUGAAACACAUUCACUCCUACUCUGCUAAAUACCACUCUGAUCCUGCAGUACGGUCCUUGUCAUUGAGAAAGUAUGCUCGGCAGAUUAUGUGUUCUCGAGCUUACCACUACACAAAGCAAUUGGUCCUAACAUGGCCACUGGAUGCAUCAUUCAGACUGGUUAUGGAAUUGUGGCUUAGUCUCAUUCAACCUUGGCGUUACACAGACAACUCAAUAACACAAGAUAGGUAUCCCACCGCACAAGCAUAUCAAGAAGAUGCCAAUACAGGAACACUUGACUCCAGUUUUGCUCAGUUUAUUGCGGAAAAUUUCCCAACCUACACAUGCAUCUUACAGCUGAUAUUACCAAGAUUUUUAAGAUUAGAUCUGUCUGCUUAUAAAAACGCUGUUAUGUUAUUUAGGCUGGGAAAGGUAUUUUCGCAGCCACACCUAACGCCUAUAUUGCAGAACUUAGAGAAAGCUAUAACAGAUAAUGUGGCUGGAUUCCAAAGUCCAGAUAACAGUGCUAGUAAUUUAAGUAUGGAACAAAGUUACACCUACAAUGGGAUAACAUUACACAAAUGGGUCGCGAUAGCAAAACAGGCUAUAUCAGAACUAAACAUGUCUACAACUUUUGAAUACCAGCCAUUAUGGAGUGAAAAUAACAAGCAAUUUACGUUAGAGUUCGUUAAACGAAUAAUGUCGGCUAGACAAGCUGCUCAGAAACAUUUCGAAGAAUACAAUAUGAAGUUAAGUGAAGGAAGGAAUGGUAUGUGGAAUAGCAUAAAAAAUUGGCUAAUGAUAGGCAACAGCCUGGAGGAAGAAUCCACGCUAGAAGAACUGAAGAAAGUGCCAUUAUAUUUGAAUAAUUGUGUUAACUUUUACACAUUUAUAUUUGGGUUAAAUGACAACUCGCUCCUGCCUAUUGAGACUGAUUUAGUUGAUUCUUCAUUGGAACAUUCCUCAUUUGCUAAUUCCAAUAACUUCACACUUAAUAUUACACAAAAGUUGCGGAAUAAACAAGGUGAUGUGCACUAUAUGGGUGAUCCAGACUUAAUGCCGAUAAUGACCUACGAGAAUACCAUUCUAGUACGAAUCAUGCACCAAAUAUCAACAAGGCUGAAUGAAUUGUAUGGCGAGGAGUUCUCUAGAAUGUACAGCAGAAACGACUUUCUGGGUUAUGUCUCGAGAGAGAUACUGCAGAAGCCGUGUACAGUUCAUACUUACAUACGAGAUGCGAACAACCAAAAGAGUAUUGUACGCCAAGCCUUGCCCGCGCGCUUGUCGCUACGUCGCCUCGCGUCCCACGCCUUAGUAGCGUGGCUGGUUGUUGGUUACUUAUUAUUUCGCUCAUUUUCCUACGGAGGUGUGUUCUUUAUAUUCACGAUUUUUAUGCUGUGGACUGUAAUUAUACUGUCCAAAGCGUCGCUAAGGAUUUUAAGAAUUAUAAAAGAAUAAUAUUAUAAUAAUGGUUUUCUAUGUUU